AUGGUCCAACUAAUAACAACAACCCGGAUCCUCUCCGCCCUAGAAGCGAUCCCAACCUCCGAUCGCAAAGACCUCAAUCUACCCUCCAACCCAUCCCUAGACAGUCCCAUCACUCACGAUCAACUAAUCCGUCUAUCCCGCUACUUCCGCUCCGAAAAUGCCACCUCCAACCCCGAUGACGCCCGAACCCUCAACUCCCUCCUCCACGGAACAAAAGUCUACGUCCCGCCUCCGCCACCAAAACCCAAACCCAGCCCAGAGUACCUCGCCCUAAAAGCCCGUCUCCUAGCCGCCUACGAAGCAGACACCUACAACCAAAUGACGACCUCAUCCAACACCCCAAACGGCCCAUCACCGAUCUUCAGUUCCUCGACACCGACCGUUUCGGCACUCCAUGACGGCGAUGCACAUUCGGACGCAGACACUCUUACCCCCGGGCUUGUGCUGAAUAUUUUUCUUUCGGUUGUGAUUACCGGGUUCAGUGUUUAUUGGGCGUUGACGAGUUUUUCGACGCCGGAGGUGUUGACGGAGGCUGUUUCGUCGGUUUGGGACCUGGACCGGGGGUCGAGGAGGGGUGGGGGCGUGUCUGAGGCUGUGAAGGUGCUUGUGUCGUUUGGGGCUGCGGUUGCGGUGGGUGUUGCUGAGGUGGCGAUCUAUGCGAUUUACCUGGGGAAGGUGGAGCGGGCGAGGAAGAAGGAGAGGGGGGUUAAGGAGAGGAAGGUAGUUGUUGGGAGGGAGGUUUUGGGUAUAGGGGAUGAGGGUGAGAGUGAGAGUAUGCAGCGGGUGGAUGGGGAGAAGGAGGAGAUUUGGGGGAGAGGGCCGAAUGGUGGGUUAAGGAGGAGGGUGAGGGAGCGGUGGGAGGAAAAGGGAAAGGAAGGGGAUGGAAAUUGA